AUGACCAGCGGCAACACUGACCUCCCAAACCCUACUACUACUACUAUUGCCAUCCCUGUUACCGAUCCUCCUCCUACAGACACUACUGCUGCACCUGCUACCACUGCAUUUCCUCCUUCUCCCACUACUGCUGCACCUGCGAUCAUCACUACACUUUCUCCUAAUACCACUACUGCUGCACCUGCUACCAACACUACACUUCUCCCUGUAGCUACUACUACCACUGCAUCUCCUCCUAAUACCACUACUGCUGGCCCUGUGAUCACCGCUACAUUUCUUCCUUCUCCCACUACUGCUGCACCUGCUAUCACCACUACACUUUCUCCUAAUACCACUACUGCUGCACCUGCUAACAUCACUACACUUUCUCCUAAUACCACUACUGCUGCACCUGCUACCAACACUACACUUCUCCCUGUAGCUACUACUACCACUGCAUCUCCUCCUAAUACCACUACUGCUGGCCCUGUGAUCACCGCUACAUUUCCUCCUCCUUCCACUACUGCUGCACCUGCUAUCACCACUACACUUUCUCCUAAUACCACUACUGCUGCACCUGCUAACAUCACUACACUUUCUCCUAAUACCACUACUGCUGCACCUGCUACCAACACUACACUUCUCCCUGUAGCUACUACUACCACUGCAUCUCCUCCUAAUACCACUACUGCUGGCCCUGUGAUCACUGCUACAUUUCCUCCUCCUUCCACUACUGCUGCACCUGCUAUCACCACUACACUUUCUCCUAAUACCACUACUGCUGCACCUGCUAACAUCACUACACUUUCUCCUAAUACCACUGCUGCUGCACCUGCUAACAUCACUACACUUUCUCCUAAUACCACUACUGCUGCACCUGCUACCAACACUACACUUCUCCCUGUAGCUACUACUACCACUACAUCUCCUCCUCCUACCACUACUACUGCACAUGCUACUACCACUCCCCCAACUACCACUCCUCUGGUUUGUAAUAACGGAGGGGUAUCACAGAAUGGUUUCAUCUGCAUCUGUCCUGAUGUAUGGGUAGGAGAGACAUGCUCAGAACCAAAUUUCUGCGAAGAACAAAGAGUGGGUGGAUUCAACUUCCAGCAAACACCCAUCGGCUGGUUUGCAUAUUCUGAAGAAACAUGCGACAAAGACACAAGCAAUGCUGACAAACCACGAGCUUCAGCCAGAUGCUCCUCCUUCCCAAAUGGAUCAACAAGUUUCAACAGUCUACAAGAGUUCCAGUGUGACGUGACGCUCAGCGACGUACAACAAAAUCUCACCAGCCCGGCUGAUUUGGAGACGCUGGCAGCUAGCACUCAAAUCCUGACGUCCAAACCUGAACAGCUGACGGCUGAAAACGUCACAGUGGCAGCUAAUAUUGCCAACACACUGCUUCUGUCUCCCAACGCUACCGAGAGCGUCAGGGUGGCAGCAGUAGCUACGGUCAGCCAGCUGCUGAACGCCAGCGUGCCUGAUGACACCAAGGAAAACAACACUACUCUGCGCCUGACGCAGACUCUGGACCAGCUCUCACUGAACCUCAGCGCCAGCCUCAACUCGAAUCAAUCUAAUGUGGUUCAGCCCAACCUGGUGGUCCAGUCGGCUCAGAUACCUGCAGCCAACACUCAGGGAGUCCAGUUCACAUCGCUCAAAGGAGAGUCUGGCAGUUUUGUGGCCAACCGAAUCAAGCUGAACACCAACACGUCAACAGUUGAGGUGGGGGACAAGUUCGCAGCCGACGCCCUGAUAUUAAUACGAUUUCCACCAGAAGCUGCCAAUAGUCGCCAGAGGCCGACAAACGUCUCGCUCGGCUUUGUCCUCUACCAGAAUGGCAAUUUCUUCCGGUCGAGGCUCUACAGGGGGCCGCGGGCCUCCAUCAGGGUCCUGUCUGCCAGCGUUACGGGUCAGGAGCACAGCGUGGUGCCACAACACGUUGAGAUGCACUUCAGACCAACACUGAAGAACGGCACCUCGCUGUACGACUUUGCCUGCGUGUUUUGGAACUACAGUCUGGGGGACUGGAGCACUGCUGGCUGCUCCAAAGGCAACGCUUCAGACGGCGUUCUGCGAUGUUUCUGCAACCACACCACCAACUUUGCUGCUCUCUGGUCUUUCAAAGAGCAGUACGAGUAUGCAAAACCUCUGCAGGUGAUUUCCAUCGUUGGACUCUCAUUUUCUAUUUUCGGUUUGGUUGUAACGAUCAUUCACCACAUUAAAGAGAACUUUUAUAGAAGUGCUCAGAAAAACAAGAACUCAAAGAUCGCUCUGCUCUGCAUCUGCAUCAGCCUGCUGGCCUUCAUCAUCACCUUCCUCUCCGGAGUCCAAAACUCCAACAAACAGAAUGACACAAAGCAGGAAAUCAGCAAUGAAACCAAUCAGGUCCUCACCUCCGACAAAUAUGUGGAACCAGAUCGUGGCUCGUGCACAGCAGUGGCGGCUCUCCUCCAGUUCUUCCUGGUGGCGACCUUCAUGUGGAACACCGUUUAUGGCACGCAGCUGGUGCUGCUGAUCAGGACGAUGCGCCGCACUCUGCCGCCACACUGGACGUCAGUCAGUGUCGCUGCUGGAUGGGGAGUCCCAGCGGUCAUCAUGGCGAUCACACUAGGAGCCACCUACAGCGUCAGGAAUCCUCUGGGAUACAGACGGGAGGAAUUUUGCUGGCUUGCAGCUCUGAACAAAGACAACCAGUUUGACUUUGGGAAACCGAUGUUUUGGGGUUUCCUGCUACCAGUCGGUCUGAUGCUGAUCUACAACAUUGUCCUGCUGGUUCUCUUCUCUCUGACCAUAUGCAAGACAGACCCCAUGCUGACCAGCACCAAUCCUUCAUCUUUGAGGAAGAAGUUCCUCAGCAGUAUUUCCUUGGCAGUGUUACUGGGUCUGUCCUGGUCUCUGGGGUACCUGGUGCUCGUCACUACAGGAGAAGCAAAUACAGUCUUCAGCAUUUUAUUCUGCAUCUGUACGAGCACACAGGGGCUUCUGAUUUUCAUCCUGUUCACAGCCAGAACGCCGACCUUCAGAGCCACCGUGUCGCGAUCUCUUCGGUACGUCUCAUCUGUCAACAUCCCGCUCAACUACACAACGUACAGUCUGUGGAAGAACUCUGGGAAGAGCACCAGCUCCGAGUCCUACAGAGACAUAAAGGACGAGACCAAAACACUGUAG